AUAAAAUUAUAAAAGUAGCAAAUUUACUGACAUUUAAGCCAUUAGAACAGUAGCAUGCUACAGAAAACAGUCAUCAAUCCAAGCAAGUGUUUUCUUUUCUCAACUGUAUCCCAAACAAAGAAUACGACAAAACACGAAAAAAGUAUCGAAAGAAUAAAAAAGCAACAAAAACAAAACUUGCAUGGUUAUUGGAAAAAAGAUGGGUGAUGUGGGCCGCGCGUGGGCCUUAUAAUUUUACUAAAACAAACCUCAAAAAACAAAGUUAAAACGCUACAAUACCUUUUUUCUGUCUCCUCCUUAUCUUUGAAAGUAAAAAAAGAAAGAAAGAAAACCUCUCUCUCCACUGACAUUGGUGAAGGCAGGGAGAGAAAAGACUGUUCAUCAUCGUCGUCUCCCCCCCCCCCCCAAGACAAACAAUGAAAAUGAAGAAGAAAGGAAAAGUUUACCCCUCUCCUCCUCCUCCUACUCAACCACCACAACCAUCAUCGUCUUCUUCAUCUCACUACCUCGACGAAGACCACUCUCUCUCCGUCCUGAGGCUUCUCCCAGCGACGAUUUUGGUCCUGGUCACGGUUCUCUCAGCUGAAGACAGAGAAGUUCUCGCUUACUUGAUCACAAGAGGAACCGCCACCAUCUCCGUCGACUCCAACAAGAAGAAGGCGACGAAGAAGAAGAACAAAUCUAGCAGAAACCACAAGCCUCCCGUGUUCGACUGCGAGUGUUUCGAUUGCUACACUAGCUACUGGCUCCGAUGGGACUCCUCUCCGAACCGCGAGCUCAUCCACGACAUCAUCGAGGCGUUCGAGAACCACCAUCUCGCUACCGGCGGCGAAGAUUCGGCUGCUUCGAGGAACAAAUCCAAGAGAGGUAAGAAGAAAGAGAAACCGGGUCGUCGAGGUGGUGGUGAUAACGAUGAGAAGAAGCCUGUCGUCGAGGUGGAGCCGGUGAUUGAAACUGCUGUUUUAGAGAGCCACGUGUCGUCUCCUGAUAACUCGCCGGGGAGAUUGAGUGAAGCUGAGGUGACGGGGGAGGAUGUGGAGGAGGAGGUUGUUAAUGGAGAAGAGGAAGAGUCAGCGGUGGUUUUACCGGCGGCGGCUGCGAGUGGACACAAGGGAUUGGCGAGGAAGGUACUACCGGACGUGUUGGGUCUGUUCAAUUCCAGUUUUUGGAGGCUUUGGAAUCCGAACGCGUAAAAAAGCAUCAUCGAUCAAAAAGUUUUAUGCUUUUCUGUUUUUCUCUGUUGCUGUUUUCUGAUAAAAAAAAGGAAAUAAUCAAAUCUUCAUGCUUAUGUUCUAUCAAUCACUACUUGGCUAUGUGUAAUUGGUUUAUUAAAAUGCAGUCUUUAGCUCUC